UAAUGAAUAAUGGAGUAUAUGUCAGCAUCAAUAUAGCAUAGGAUAAACUUUAGAUGCUGAAAAUAAAUGGAAAUGGAAUAUAUAUACCCUCAAAAUCAAGUCAUUUUGUGUGGUUUUCCCGAGACUCACAGUGAAGUGCGUGCACAUCAUGUGCAGUGCAGGUUCAUCAACAAUAUUCAGAUCUGUACUAGCUUAAUCUUACCGAGCAGAAAGAGAGGCAGUGAGUGAGAUUGUUAUCGAAUGGAAAAACCCUCUUGGGUUCCUACUUUGGUGGCGCAGGCAUGUUUGUGCUUUAGUCUCUACCUUGCUUUUCAACUGGGUCAGCCUCAGAAGCCUAUGUACCAUGGUACAAAUGGGACGAGACCCCUUGAUCUUUACUUUAUUAGCGUUGGAGGGGGCUUCAGACCUCUCAAUCAACAGACCCAUCUUCUCAAACAGAUGGAGAAGGUGGUAAAGAAGUACAAGGCAAAGUUCGUGGUGGACAUUAGUGAUCUUGGGAAAGAUGAUCCGCUCAUGCAGAAUGUAAGGUUGUUUUUUUCCUCAAAACAUUUGAGCUGCAAAGCCACCAUUCUGCUUGAUUAUUGGUACCCUGCUUUUCUCAUCACUGAAACUUCCCUGGUAUGCUAUCCUCUAUGUAAUAUUCUUUGAAUUGGGUACAUUAAUCUAAUAUAAUGUUCUUAUUGCCGAGUCUGAGGUUCAGCUAUGCUGUUUGCACUGUUGUUUAUUUUUUCCUGGUUAAGGCAUGAAUAGUAGCACUUGUAGGUACACCACUAGAGUUUCAGAAAGACACGGAGGAGGUUACUUCCAAAAGAAGAUCAAUUUACCUUACGAGAAAACCUUAGAUGUCAUUGUGGUGGAUACUGGAUUGUUACAGGGCACCGGAUCAUUAGGUGGGUUCGGAAACAAUCAGUUACAUUGGCUGAAAAGGACACUAGAAGCAACCAGUAGUAACUGGCGCAUAGUCGUUGGAUUCCACCCAUUGGCUAUUUGUGAAGAUGGUGAGGAGGGAAUGGGAGCAAAGAAAGUUUUUGAGUCUCUACAACUUAUUUUUAUGAAAUUUGAAGUGAAUGCAUACUUAAGUGCGCAGGGUUGUGCUAGCAGUGUCCGACGACACAGCCUGAGCUACCUUGGGAACACGGGCCAAAUGGAGGAUGGGUUUCUUCUUCAUAGAGUCAGCACACUAGAGAUUGUAACCUACUUUGUUAGCUCAGGUGGGGAAGUUGUGCAUAAAUCUGUACUCCAUCAGAGGGGUAAGGAGAUCAUGUAAAUUGUGUUCAAGAGGACCAAUCAUCUAGGUUUCCUUGUUUGCAACUAUAAAUAUGUAAUGUGCCUUUUGUAAACGGCAGGCCGAAUGACAAUUGCAAUUUCUUUCCUUUCAUUACUAUUCUAUUGAAGUCUCCUUUACAAUUUCUGCUUUCUAUAAGCCGCCUCCUCCUCCUUUUUCUUUGCUUUUUCACAUAUACUCUAUCGCCUCGCUUUAGUACUAAGCAGAUUAAUGGAAACCCAGGUUGUUAAAAAAUAGCGAUUACAGAAAAAAAUAUCAUAAUUUUGAAUCGUAGGCACAGAGAUUCUAUAAAAAAAUAAAAAAAUAAAAAAAUCACAGCACAGAGAAAAAUGCUAAUCGCUAGUUAUUAAACAAACAAAAAAAGAUGAAAAAUUUAUGACCAAGACCAGUAUCACAUCAAAUCAUAACUUGUUAAAUUUAUCAACGAGAGAAUAGGAAAUAAAUUGUAUUUAUUUUUUUGUGAAAAAGUAAAGUGCAAUUAAACAAAAAAAGCCCAAAAGAUUAUAGAAGUAUUUUUUGGUGAAAAAGUUAAAUGGAUAUUACCCAACUAGAGAGACCCACCCGAUAGCCAUACCACCCAAAUUAACCCAAACUCAAAUCAGACCCCAUUUGUUUUCAGCUCUCUCCCUCCCUUCUUUCUUUACAAUUACUUAUCGUCGCAUCUGAUCUCACUCACGACGAAGCUUACCUUGACGCUCCAGCAACCAGAUAAAAUGAAUCCCCAUCUGUGACUGUUUCGCCAGCACUGACUCACUGAGCUAUCGCCGUGAAUCUGUCUGCAUGAUUAUGGAUAAUACCCAGAUGCUUGUGUUUUGUUAUGCCAAUCCAUAUGUGGAUCGCGUUUCUCUUGAUUUUUGCAUUUUAUUCAGACGAUAUAGUAAUCAAAUCGUUCAGGAAAGUUUGCAAUGGAUUUUCUUCUUUUCAUUUGGGUUAAAACUUUCUAUGACGAUACUGCAUUGCAUUCAAAUUUGCUCCGUUCCUCCUGAUGCAAUUACAGUUUGAUUUUAGUUUUGUUCAGAGAAAAAUUAAACCUUGAGUUUUGAUUUUCAACAUGUUCUUUUGCUUCAUCCGUUGAUUCCAAAUAAUAAACACUUCAAAAGUUCUUUGAUAGUCUAGCAUUAGCUGCAGUUUUCCUGUUUCAUAGACCCUGAUGUCUCUCAGAAAGCCCCCGCUUCCCCGUCUCCUUCUCGACAAUGUCUCUUGCAUGAGGAAUGCCCAACAAAUCUUGAGACAUGUAAAUGCCUCCAUUCAUGAUGGUGGAGCACUUGUACUGAUGGGCACUAAUGGCUCAGGCAAGACUACCUUCCUGCGUAUGUUGGCUGGAUUUUCUCGUCCUUCAGCUGGUCAGGUCCUGUGGAACGGCCAUGACAUCACAGAUUCAGGUGUUUUCCACCAGUACAAGCUUCAACUUAACUGGCUCUCCCUUAAAGAUGCUGUGAAGGAGAAGUUCACAGUUCUGGACAAUGUUCAGUGGUUUGAAGUUCUUGAAGGCAAGCAGGGGAAUUCAAUGCCAGCUUUGGAGCUGAUGGGGCUUGGGAGACUGGCAAAGGAGAAAGCAAGAAUGCUGUCUAUGGGGCAGCGGAAAAGGCUGCAGCUCGCGAGGUUGCUGGCAAUGGAUAGGCCAAUCUGGUUGCUUGAUGAGCCUUCUGUUGCUUUGGACACUGAGGGGCUGAAGUUGCUUGAAUAUAUCAUUGCAGAGCAUAGGAAGAAAGGUGGAAUUGUGAUUGUGGCAACACAUCAGCCAAUUGAGAUUGAAGAUGCCAUGUAUUUGAGGCUGCCACCUAGGUUCCCAAGGAGGAUGACUCUGGUAGAUAUGCUUGAUCGUUCGGAUUUUUGAAUUUCAAUGGACAAGGAAAAAAUUUUGUCAUUGAGAUUAUGAGAUUGAGAAGUCCUGUUAGUGGUGUUCAGUAGAAGAUUCUAAGCCAUUGCCAAAUGCAAAUUAUGGACUUCCGAUUUCUAUAGUUAAUGGUAACAAAACGUUUUUGCAUAUUUAUUAUGCAUGUUAAA